CGCCUCCUCUCCACCCCCCGUCUCUCUCAAAACCACGCAGCCACCGCCUCUGCCCUAAAACCCAGUUAAGCCCUGCGUCCUCCGCGUCCGCGGUUGUUCCCCAGCUAUACCGCCUCUGACUCUGAGGAAGGGGCGCAGCACCACCGCCCGAUGGGGAAGCCCAAGCCCGCCUCCGCCACAGCCGCUCCUCGAGGGCACAAGAGGCGCCCGAAGAGGACAAGGCCCUCGGGGAAGGGAGGAGGACCCGAGCCGCGCGAGGAGAAGCGCAAGAGGCGAGAGCUCGAUGGUGUCGGCCUGGCGGAGGAGUCGCCGCCGCCGGGUUCCAGCCUAGGCAAAAUCUUAAGUACCGAAUCUGGAGCAAUAGGCCUAGAGCAGAGUGAUGAAGAUGACAUGGAAGAUGAACACACUGUUCCUGGUGACGAUGAGACAAAUGAUAUGAUAAACAAUAAAGAUGAUGCUUUUGAUGAAAUGGAGGCUUCAUGUUCAUUUCAUCGCCAUGUUAGUCGCAUCAUAACGAAUGAAGAAGUCAAUGCAUUACUAAAGCAGAAGUGUAAAUUUAAAUGGGAGGUGCCUGCAGAGGACAUUCCAAAAUCCAAAUGGGUUGGAACAGGUGAAAAAAUGGAGGGAGCUUAUGUUGAUCUUAUUGGUGGUGUCAAAGGAAAGUUGAGGGAUCAUUGGCAGAAUACCCUCUCUGAUCAGUUGAAUUCUAGAUUGAAUUUCUUCUCACUUUGUAGUAGCUAUCGUGACAUAAUGCAUUGUAAUAAGAAGCCAUUUUAUCUAAAAGGAGGUAGCACUGUGGAUUCCAGUACAAUGGACUCCUAUCUUAUGCAUGCUUUGAAUCAUAUUAACAGAACGAGAGAGAUUGUUGUAAAAAAUGAUGCGAAGCUUAGGAGUGACCCUAGCAAAGAUAUUUUGGAUGAUAACUCAUUCCUCGAUCAGGGCUUUACACGUCCAAAGGUUCUUUUCCUGUUACCUCUAAAAAGCAUUGCGAGGCGUGUUGUGAAGAGGUUGAUCCAACUGUCCCCACUGUCACAAAAGGAUAUCAUUGCAAAAUUCGAAGGGAAGUUUGGCGAAUCAGAUGAUGAAGUAGAGGAGCCUGUUCAAAGUAAUAAACCUGCAGACUUUGACCUACUGUUUGCUGGAGAUACUGAUGAUGAGUUCCUUUUUGGGAUAAAAUAUACAAAAAAAUCUAUGAAUCUGUUCAGCAACUUCUACUCAUCUGAUAUCAUUGUUGCAUCUCCUUUGGCACUUAUAAAGAAAAUCAAUGGAGUUGAUGACAACGGAAAGGAACCUGCCAAGGAAAGGGAUUUUGAUUUCCUAUCAUCAAUUGAAAUAGUGGUGGUUGAUCACGCAGAUGUGAUUCUUAUGCAGAGUUGGUCACAUCUGUAUGCUGUGUUUGAACAAUUAAAUCAGUUGCCAUCAAAGGAACAUGGAACCAAUGUGAUGCGUAUUAGGCCAUGGUACUUGGAUCAGCAUGCACGUUACUAUCGGCAAACAAUACUCUUGAGCUCUUAUCUUACUCCAGAGAUGAAUGCUUUAUUCAAUGGAUUAUGCUUGAAUUAUGAGGGGAAGGUUAAGCUGGUGACUGAAUUUAAAGGUGUUCUUUCUAAAAUACAGUUUGAAGCACCGCAGGUGUAUGAAAGGUUUGAUGCAUCUUCUAUUACUGAAGUUGAUGAUGCUCGCUUUGAUCAUUUCUGCAAGAAGGUGUACCCAAAGAUUCAGGAGUCAGAUGAGGGUCGGGUGUUGCUAUUCGUCAGUUCAUACUUUGAAUAUAUUAGGAUAAGAAACUUCUUAAAAUCUCAGGAAGCAUCGUUUUGUAGAAUUGGGGAGACAACAUCGCAACAAGAUAUAUCACGUGCAAGACUCUGGUUUUUUGAGGGCAAGAAAAAAAUCUUACUUUAUAGUGAGAGAUCUCAUUUCUACCACAGAUACAAGAUCAGGGGAGCACACCAUUUGAUUAUCUACUCUUUGCCAGGGAGAAAGGAAUUUUACCCAGAGCUUGUAAACAUGCUCAGUGAAUCAGAAAACAGGAAAUGCACCGUCUUUUUUUCACGUCUGGAUCUUCUGAAGUUAGAACGAAUUGUUGGGACGUUUGCUGCACAAAGGUUGGUUUCUUCAGAUAAGAGCAUUUUCGUGUUCCGCUGAUUCGGGCGUCAUGUUCGGCAGCCUCUCAAAUUUUGGAAUGCGAGAUGAUUAUGUACUGUACCACAACUCCUUAUUUAUUUGUAAUCUAGAUUGUGGAUGCCAUUUUUUGGUAAAGCUCGUGCUGAAUGUUUCGCAUCAGUAUCUAUUUCAAUAUUAUGGAUGCCAUUCUUUGUUAGUUUUUGGAAAA